GAACCCAUAUGUCUUUCACUUUUUAGCCUAUCAAGUUCAGAAAGAAGGAAAGUGAGAAGUGAAAAGAAAAGAAAAAGACUACUCAAAUUAUCUCCUCUCAACAACCACAUUCACUUGUAUCAUUUCUUUCCCUUUUCUGCCAGAUCCAAACACCACCCAAGAAAUGACUAAAGAUGAAGACUUUAAGCUCCUCAAGAUCCAGACUUGUAUUCUCAGAGUGAAUUUACACUGUGAUGGUUGCAAACACAAAGUGAAGAAACUUCUUCAAAAAAUUGAUGGUGUAUAUCAAGUGAACAUAGAUGCAGAACAACAAAAAGUGACAGUUUCAGGAAGUGUAGACUCUGUUACUUUGAUCAAGAAACUAGUUCGAGCUGGAAAACAUGCUGAACUUUGGUCAAACAAGUCAAACCAAAGUCAAACUCACAACAAAAACCAAACUCCAAAUCAUCAAAAUCAAAAGGGUUCAUGUAUGAAAGAUGACAAGAAAAACAAGACCCAGAAACAAGAUUUCAUCAAAGGUCUUGAAACCUUGAAAAACCAGCAAAAGUUUCAACCUUUAAGCAUCUCCGAAGAAGAAGAUGAUUAUCUUGAUGACGACGACGACGAUGAAGUAAGCGAAGAGGAGCUGAGGAUAAUCACCGAGAAAACAAAUCACUUGGUGUUACUGAAACAACACCAGCAGUUGCAGCAACAACAUGCUGCCGCCAUGGCUGCUAACAACGCCGCCAGGAAUUCACAUAACAAUGGCGGAAAGCCAAGCAACGGUGGAAACGGAAACGGAAACGGGAAUGGAAAGAAAGGAAACGGGAAUCCGAACGGCGGCAUGAAGAUGGGUGAUAAUAACACCAACAAUCAUGGUGGUGGUGGUGAGGUUAAAAGGGUGAAUGACAUAAGCUCGAUUAUGAACAAUCUAGCUGGUUUAAACGGCGGUGGUGAUGGCGGUUUAGGAAACGCCGGCGGUGUUGGUGGUGGACUUGGUGGUUUUCAAAUCCCUCGAAAGAAUAACGCGGUGUUAGGAAGCGGUGUUGGUGGUGGUCUUCCCUUGGCAAGCGGUGGUGGUUACAACCCAUCGUCACAAGCAUCCAUGAUGAUGAACAUGGCCGGAGUUGCAGGGUACAACCAACAUCAGCAGCAACAACAGCAAACUUACAACCACGGUGCUGCAUCGAUGAUGUUAAAUUUACAGAACAGACAAGCCAUGCAACAGCAACAGCAACAGCAACCGCAGAUGAUGUACAACAGGUCACCCGUCAUACCACCAGCCACCGGGUACUACUAUAAUUACAAUCCAGCCCCUUACACUUACAGUGAGCAUCCACAUAACUACUACUAUGCCACCGCUAAUGGCGGCGGUGGAGGUGGAGGUGGAGGUGGCGGUGAUAACUCUGCUGCUGACAUGUUUAGUGAUGAAAACACAAGCAGUUGUUCAGUCAUGUGAGGGGUAAAAGUGGAAAAAGUAUUUUAAUGUUUUCUGCAAGUAUUGUAUUGUGUGAAUGAAGUAGUUUAAUUAUGUUAUGGUGAAUCUUUGGUUAUGAAGUUCAAGUUA